UAUUGCGCACAGUGACCAGAUGCUGCGCUAUAUGGACCCUCGUGAACACACUAUUACCUGGUGUUUUGAAUGCCUGUGUAGGCUCCAGCCGAAGUUACCACCAAAUGAAAAUAGCACCGUGAAUUUAUGCAAGGGCAAGGAACGGUGGGCUUCUAUCACAGAGGGACAACGUCGCGAUCACCCCGGCAGCAUGCAAAAUGUGCAGGACGCAAAUUCAGAAGACAAUGCGAGAGAACAACCAGUUGCGGCCUAGUUGCUAGCCAAUCCCCGACCUCAAUUUGAAGCCAGGCCUGGAUCGCAUUUUGCGGACUUAAAGUGUACUCCUAACUGGAACCACUAAACGGAUAACGCUCUCCAUAGCGAUUUCAUAUUGAUGUGCCACGACAGCAUUUGAGAUUUGCAACGUAAGGCAUCAAAAGUUUAGAGUAUUUAGUAAUGUAAUUGCUAUAGCUAACACCAAUGGUAUUUAUUGCACGUAAGCUAACCCAACGUUAGCAAUACUUUAGAACGGGGGUUGGCGCCGAACGCAAUGAAAAGACGACCAGUUUAUAUAGUGAGAUAGCCAACAAGCUUGCAAGGUUAAAUUACUGCCACAAGUCUGACUAUUUUAAAGUUUGAGUUGAAUGACGCGCAGAAGAAAAAAUAGAAAUUGUGGGCUAUACUGAAUGUAGCUAGUUAGGUACCUAGCUGAACAGCCAUCUAAUAGUUAACGACUCCAGCUAACUAUAUAUAUUGUUAGGUAAAAAAUAAAAGUACCAUAGAAAGCAAACAUUAUCACGUAGCUCCCAUUUGAAGAGUGCAUUUUUGUAACGGUAAAUUAAAUCCAUACGUCAAUGUCAGCUUGCUAGCUCGCUGCUAUAAAAUACAGCAAUGUCUCUGGUAGCAUACGGCAGCAGCGACGAGAGCGACUCCGAAGACUCGCCGAAGACUUUCGAAACGGGCGGAAAAAGUUCGGGACUGUUGGCAGGUCUCCCCGCUCCGAAAAAGCCUGCCUCAGAACCAGAGGGUCUGAAACGGAUUGGGCCGAGCAUGGGGUUAAACCUACCACCUCCCAAACGGGACAUUUCUCAGAAGUCAGGUAGCCCUCAGAGACCCCCAUCGUUCAUGUCAGAUAUGGACUCUGAGAAGAAUUUGGACCCCAAACGCAGCCACGACACCGCUACGGGCGAUCAACCUCCGGUUUCAAGUGGCUUACUUUUGAAUUUACCGAAACCGAAGAAACGUACGGAGCCGGUUAAAAUUACCAUUCCAGAAUUACAGAAAGGAGACUCAGACUCUGAAGAGGACGAGCCAGUCAGUAAAAAGGCUCUUUCCCAGGCUUCGGGCGGCCUCUCCUCCCUCCUCCCCCAGCCGCGGAAUCUGGUCGUCAAGGAGACGCAGCGGGUGCUGGUCCCGCACGCACUCACCAAGCGGCCCCAGGAGCCGCGGGCCCCCGCCCGCCCCGCCGCGCCCCUCUCCCAGGGCGCCAGCGCCUCCCCGUCCGCUAUCAAGGCGGCCGCCAAGUCCGCCGCCCUGCAGCUGGCCCGCCAGAUCGCCCAGGACGACGAGGGCAGCGACGAGGAGCUGGCCCCCGAAAACUACUUCUCCCUCUCCGACAGCUCCCAGCCGGCCCCGGUUGUCCCGGCCCCCGAGCCCCCCUCCUCCUCCUCCUCCUCCCCCUCCUCCUCCGUCGCUGCGGCGACCCUGCCCCCCCCGCCCGGCACGGAGCCCCCCUUCCAGUCCGACGCGCCCCUGGAGUUCUCCUCCGCCCCCCAGAAUUUCCCAGGGUCCAGCGGGGCGUGGGAGGGGCAGCAGCAGGAGGCGGCGGCGUUCUACCCUCGUUACCCAGAAUCCUCCGGUCAGGACACGGAGCAGCAGCAGUUCCCACAGGAUUACUACAGCGGGGGAUACUACCAGGACCCGGAGCCAGAAGCAACGGAGGUGGAAGGGCCUGGGUCCUCGUCCCUUUUUGAUGAUGAAGCGUUCCGGAGGCUCCAGGGCAAGCGGAACAGGGGGAAGGAGGAGGUGAAGUUUCUGGAGAUUAAGGGGGACGACCAGCUGAGCGGCAGCCAGCAGUGGAUGACCAAGAACAUGACCGAGGAGAAGGAACAGCGCAAGUCCUUCAGCAAGAAAAAGGGAGAGCAGCCCACGGGCCAGCAGAGACGCAAGCACCAGAUCACAUAUCUCAUUCACCAGGCGAAGGAGCGGGAGCUGGAGCUGAAGAACAGCUGGGCGGAGAACAAGCUGACCCGGCGGCAGACACAGGCCAAAUACGGCUUUUAGGGGCCUGGGGGCGGGGCGGGGCAGGGGCGGGGCAGGGCAGCAUUGGGGCCGGGGG